AUAAAUGUUUACUGAUAAACUCUGACGCAUGCGUAUGUAUACUAUAUAUUGUUGCCUGAGAGGAAUGGAAAAAAAAUGUCUGAUAUGAAAGAGAACAUAUAUCGAGUAGUAUGGGCGAAAUACGAAACGAUCUGAGCUUGUACUGCGCAAACGCGUCGAUUCUUUUGACAACGACCACUUGUAUAUUUAAAGAGGUUUCGCCUUAAUAAAAUGUCAGUAAUGUACGGAAUUUGUUACACGAUGGUAUGAUCUGUUAUGGAUACCAUCAUUACAUCGUGGAUUUAAAACCGUGAAAGAAAAACGCGGAAUCGUUGAGAAGGAAAAGAGAGAGAGAGAGAGAAAAAAGAAAGGAAAAAAAAGAAAAUUAAUUGAAAGUUAUGCUACUUAAAAUUAAACAAUUUCAACUGCAUAAACACCGACGAAUUAAAAUAUACGCGAACGUUAAUGUAUUUAAAUAAUAAUCUAUUUAUAGAAUCAUAAAACUAAUGUAUAAAAGAGGUACAAUUAAUAAGAUAGAUUCAUAAAAGUUAUCUCUUGUGUGAAUCCUCUUUGUUAUUUAAAUAUAACUAUAUGUUUUGAUAUAUAUAUAUAUACAUAUAUACACAUAUAUACAUAUAUGUAGUUAGAAUUUUAUCCCAGAAUAAAUUAUCUUAACAAUUGAAUUACGAAGAAUAAUAAACGUAAAAGAAAAGAUCUAAUCGUUAAAACAUAGAUCAUUUCAUUUUAAUUUUAUUACUCUCUUCCUGAUUUAUCUCUUUUAAAAGAUUAUUCGUUUAACAAAUGCAUAUUCUGCGAAAAUUGUUCGGUAGAUACCUUCUCGUUACAAAUACUAUUAGCUGCGGCUUGAUGAUGGCAGCUGGUGAUAUGAUACAGCAACGUAGAGAACACUGGAAACGGUAUCGUUAUGUGGAUUAUUUUUCAAGCGGUGGAACCGCUCGUGUAAUCGCUGCAUCGCCAGAAGAAGAAGAAGAAGAAGAAGAAGAAGACGACGAAAAAAAGAUUAUCAAUGUUGCGUCUUUAUACGAACAUAAUUACGUUCGAACGAGAAACAUGACAUUAGUAGGUCUUAUUCAAGGACCCUUUCAUCAUUGUUUCUAUGGUCUACUUGAAAAAAUAGCACCUGGCAAAAAAGCCAGUUCUGUUAUAAAAAAGACCUUUUUAGAUCAACUAAUCGCUAGUCCUACAUGUUUAAUUAUAUUUUUCGGUGGUCUUGGUCUAAUGGAACGAGACAAAGUCGAAGAAGCUUAUAGGGAAAUUAAAGUGAAAUUGAUCGAAGCUUGGAAAGUCGACUGUUGUUUUUGGCCUCCAGUUCAAUGUGUAAACUUCUUAUUCGUUCCUUUACAAUAUCGAGUGCUCUAUAUAAAUGUUAUGACUAUGGUGUACGAUGUUUUUCUAUCGCACAUUAAAUACGAUGCUCACUAUGAUUGACAAGAAAGAAUUUAUUAGUUAAGGAACAAAUUGUAUUAGAUCAUAAACUGUAUUAAGCGUAUAUUAUUAUACUAUAUUAUAUUAUAUUAUAUUAUAUUAUAUUAUAUUAAAUUUAUAGAAUAAGUUC